AUGUCCCCGCUCCCCGCUGAGCUGCUCCUGCUCACACCGGAGAACAUCCUGAUGAGGAUCCACUUCCACAUCUCUGCCGAGAGCAAGGAGGACAUCUGUACCGCCAAGCACUGCAUCCCGCACCAGAAGUUCGCCAUGACGCUCUUUGAGCAGGUAGGCCCCACCAUGACGCUCUUUGAGCAGGUAGGCCCCGCCAUGACGCUGUUUGAGCAGUGCGUCUGCAGCAGCUGCGGUGCCACGUCGGACCCCCUGCCCUUCAUUCAGAUGGUGCACUACAUCUCCACCACCUCCCUCUGUAACCAGGCCAUCCGCAUGCUGGAGUGCCGGGAGAAGCCCACGCCGGACAUGUUCGGAGAGCUGCUCCGCAACGCCAGCACCAUGGGGGACCUGCGCAACUGCCCGGUGAGCCUGCCCCGCCGUCGCCACGGCGACUCGCCCCUGCAGCCCCCCUACCGUACCUUACCCUACCUAACCCUAACCCUAUCUCACCCUACUCUACCAUACCCUACCGUAACCUGCUGUACCCUACCGUACCCUACCCUGCCCUACCAUAGCCUGCCUACCUAACCCUAACCCUACCCUACCAUACCCUGCUUUACCAAACCUUAUCCUACCCUACCCUAACUCACCCUACCCUACCCUACCUUACCCUAUCCUACCUCACCCUACCCUACCCUAUCUCUCCCUACCCUACCUCACCCUAACCCUACCCUACUCUACCCUGCUUUACCCUAACUCACCCUGCCCUACCCUACCCUAUCUCACCUCACGCACAACUGUGUCCCUGUUCAUGUUCCGUCAGUUCAAUCAGUCUUUAGUGUGGACAGCCAAGUUAUUUCCCUGAGUGAGCUGCUUUCUGAGAUACCGUAUUUAGCACCUUCACAUUCCUCCGCUCGGUCUCCUUUGGAGCGGUUGAGCUAGCGAGCGGUGUGAUGAAGUGGAGAGAGAGUCGGACUCAGAACGGGGCGGGUUCGAAGCGCGCCGAGACGCGUCCUCUGUGCAACAGGUGGGCCGGCUUGUUUACCGCGAUGCCGCCACCGGCAGCAGAAGCCGCGGGUGAGUCAAAGCCGGGGCAGAGAGAGGCGGACCGGCUGCUGGGGGGGGGGGGAGUGGGGACCGGCUGCUCCUGGCACACGCGGCGCGGAGAGAGAGAGAGAGAGAGAGAGAGAGAGGCAGCCGCUCUGCCAGCAUGGCCCUGGCGUAUGCUCUCCACCGCGCGUGUGAAAAGCAUCGCGGGGGCGCGGUCCGGAGCGCGGUGGCGGCGGCCUGCCGGAGCGCGGGGGGGGGGGGGCCGGAAUGCUAAUGGCGGGACGGCCGCAAAGAAGAAGGGGGCCUUUGUGAAGAGGGGGCCUGGGAACGGCCACCCCCCCAAUACAAACACCCCCCUCGCUGCACCAUGGCAACGCUGACCAUCAGGCCCAUGAAAAGCUUUUUUCACCAAUGGCCUGAGGGCCUAAAGACUCGCAUAUUACCCUGCACCGGCUCAGGCCACUUUGACCUUGACAGCUCCCCAAGGUCAAACAGCCACCAUAUAGUGAUCUCUAAAUGUAGCUCUCCCCUUUGGUAUCCUGACUG